AUGUCAAGCAAUUCUAUCCCUCGGCCCAGCCAGGGUGCUCCGCCUCUGAUGGUGCUCGCAUCUUGGUUAGAGACCUCGCACCAUCGAGAUGACAGGGUUGUCUCAUUUCCAGCAAACACUUCAGAAGCCAUCAAACAGACUCGGCCCCCUGGAGGAGAGUAUAACAUGCAGGAGGUACAAGCGAUUGUGCUCGCACUUGAGUGCCGUGACUCGACAUUUUGCGAGCGCCUAGACUCACUUAGCCUUACUAUCUUGUGCAGCAUCUUCGUAUACUCGCAGGUAUGCCUUGCACAGCAACGAGGUCUCUGCCUGCUUGCGAAAGCUCUGCAUCAGGAUCAGCACGACUCCGUACAUCAGGCAGCCCACAAGCAGGGGAAGAAAAUGGCAGUGGGACAAGCUGCCUUGACCCUACUUAUCAAAGGCUUCCUGAAGCAUGAUGCCUCCGACAAGCUUCGAAGAUGGCUUGGGAUACUUGCUUUGGAACUUCUCAAAGACUGCCCCGAAAAUACAGAGAAGCUGCAGUCGGAUUCACCUGAAGAGCAACACUGGCAAUUUCUCGGCGAGGUCAUCGAACACGAAAGCUGCCAAGUCUUGAAACUUCUUGCGGGCUCGAUGAUCCGCGAGAUGUUGAGCUCUGGCGUGUCGCCGGAUGCCUUUUGGCCGAGUGGGACUGUGUAUUCUAACUUUCCCAAAAGCCAGCAUCACAACAGUCAAUGGGUCACAUCGUUUGAAGAAUUCGUCGAUGAAUUGCUGCUGAAGAAGAUUUUAACGCAGGAGGUUUCGAGCGUAAUGUUCGCUCAAGCUGUCUAUGUCGGAGACCGGAAAUGGGACCUCGAAGAAGCGGCAGACAUACUAGUCACCCUCUCCGAAGAGCUCAACAUAAUCGUGCCAGCAAACGACGCUCAACCGGCAGUUUACAUCGACGUGCCACUCGACUCUAUAAUAGAUGUCUUCUUUGAGGAAGCAUUCGUCACAGACUCACCAAACCCUACUUUUGGACUGAUCAUACAGUUGAUGGGUGGAGGCGCAACCAACUGCAUCCUCAACGCCAGUACGCACGCCGAACGCCAUGUGGCACUUGCGUUCGCUUCAGAAAAGGAUGCAGACACACUCAGGAGAUUGCUCAUGCCAACGAACGUUCGGACGAACGCGUUUCCGCCACAUAGCCAAUCAGGGGCAAUUGACGUCUCGGAGCCGAUUCUAUCAGACGACGAACUUGCUUCGCCUGGUCGUGCAUUAAGCAACAGUCAAAUCUUAAUGAGAACCGCUUCCCUAGCCAGUGCCAUCAUUCCUCAUAGAAUUCCAGUGAACACGAUCGAUCGGUCAAAGCUUGAGCGUGUCUACACCUCUCAGCGUACUUCUACCGAGCCUCAAGAAGAGUCGUCAAGUUCGGUGGCAGAGCAUGAUGAAGAUCUUCAAACGGUCGAUCAUGGUAUGGAGAUGGGGGCAGAGGGGUUUGGCGUUUCACAGAAUGAUGGUUUGGUACAGCAGGCCAUUGAAGGCAUCGACGUCUCUCAAACUGACGAAACUGACGGUUUGAGCAACGAAGAAAGUCAACACCGAAAUAUCCAAGCUCGUAUUCUCGAAAACGCUUCGUCCAGCGCUCGGGUCCGUUACUCUCAAGCUCAUAGUAACAGGACGCAAGAACCCAUGAGACCUUUCGAUCAAACUCCAGACACUAGACUGCCAAGGUCGUCACGACGCCAUACGGGCUUCAGCUCAAUUCAGAAUGCCCCAGAGUCUCGCGCACAACUCCCUCAACAGGUAGUCUCGUCCGCCGUUAAGCUAGUCGAGAACGAAUAUGGCCGAAAAGGUCGGGAUGGAGAGCAUGAUAAUCUUUAUGAUACCAGUCCAAAAGUCCAAAACGGUCACCGAAGGUCUCCAAGAAUUAUUGCACGAGAAAAUACCCCCCAAAAGCAUGCUAGUCCAAAAGUCAAAGACGGUCAGCGAAGGUCUCCAAGAAUUGUUGCACGAGACAAUACCCCCCAAAACUGGAACGGCAACUCGAACUGA